GCCAUUUCUCCCACAGAGCUUUUCCUUCUUCAAAUCGCCCUGCUUUUUGCAGGGCAGCUUAUGACCCAACCCAGAAUCCAAUUCCCACCGUUCGAUCGAUCGAUCUCAACGAUGAAGGAGGAAGAGAUUCCCCCGUCAACCACCCCCACCGACGACGUUGACUCCGCAAACGACGCCGUUUGCUUCGAACUCGUCCCCCCGCCCACUCCCCCCAUCGUUGACAACGCAAACGACGCCGCCUCCUUCGAACCCGCCGCCCCGCCCUCCCCCGUCGGCGGCGGGUUUAAAAAGAAAAAGCGCAGCAAAUCCUUCAGCCUCCUCAAAGCGGCGCUCAACAUCUUCCAGGAGAAGCCGCCGUCGCCGGCGAACGAGAAGAGCAAGUCUCUGACCAAAAAGAAGAGCGGCGACUGGAAGGCGGUGGUGGGGUCAAUGCGGCCGUUGACCCUGCAGGACAAAUCCCCGACGCCGUCCAUGUCGCCGUCGUGUUCGUACGAGAAUCUUUCCAUCAUGAGCUCUCCGUCGCCGUCGCCGUCGCACAUGUCAUGCGCGAGCGGCACAAUGAGCCGGUACGCCUCCGUGGGCAAUCUGCAGGAGCUGGACGCCGGCUCCGAUCCCGACGAGGUGUUCGACGAUUUCGCCGGCGACGAGAUGAUAGACGUCAAGGCGGAGGAGUUCAUCCAACGAUUCUACCAACAAAUGAAGCUCCAACAACGUCAACAUCAUCAUCACCGCCACCAUCAUCGUCAUAUGUAAACAAAAAAGCACCGAUUCAUCAUCGUACAUGUUAAUUAAUUAUAAUUACUACACUUAGUACGUAAUUUAAUUAAUUGAUUAAUUAACCUAUAACUUACGAUAUGAGCUCAUUAGAGCAUCUCCAAUGAUAAAAUGUGCACGGUGCACACGUGUCAUGAGAGAUAGCCACAUAAUAUUAGUAACUAAAUUCUUUCUCUUCUUAUUUUAAUGAUUUUAUACAGAUUUAGUAAGUUUUUCUCCACAAUGUCAAGGAGACCGUCUAAAUGUUGACAUUGCAGUUGACAUUGCAGAGAAAAACUUACCAAAAUUGUAUAAAAUCAUUCAAAUAAGGAGAGAAAUAAUUUAUUUGCUAAUAUUUAUGUGGCUAUCACUCAUGCCACAUGUGCACCGUGCACAUUUUGGCAUUAGAGAUGCUCUAAGGCCACUCUCCAAUUAACCUGCGGCAUAUAUUUCGUACUUCCUCCGUCCCGAUAAGUCUCCAAAUUAAUAAGGAAAAGUUAUAUGAUGAAACUGUUCGGGACGAAAGUAGUACUCCGUAUAUGAUGAUAUGAUCCAUCAUCGGUAUAUACGGUAUUUCAUACUCCAAAUUAAUAGCAAUAUAUAUUUUCCGGACCAGUUAACUUGCAAAAAUCAUUUGACGACCUUCCCGAUUGAGUUUUUGGCUGAAUUUUUUUGUGGAUAAACUAGACUUGAUGGAGAACAUGCCAUAAAAAUUUCAUCAAAAAAUUCCACCGGGAAGGCGGCCAAACGCCGCCGGCCGGACGGCGGCUCCUGUCCGGACGUCUGGACAGGAGCAUUCCUCUAUAUAUAUAUAUAUAUAUAUAUAUAUAUAUAUACGAAGUAUAUAUUUCUACAUAUAUACGAAGUAUAUGGUAUCGACCUACCUACGGAGUAUAUAAUUAGUUAACAUUUGGUAAGUUUUUUUGUGUGGAUAUAAGUUGCAUUAGUACGUGUAGCAUGUAAACAUUUGUAAUCAAAGACUGUUUUGAACAUUUCAUUCAUCUUCC